CAUUGUUCUUCAAAAUUUGAUCUUGGAAAAGUUUAUCUGAGUUUCCUUUUUGGACGAUUCAAGUAUUUUAAGCCGCCCAGCUAAGCCAAUUGUUGAGAUCCGAAAUCUACAGAUCCACUCACCGCCAACUCCUUCAAUAUCUACCCCGGCUACACAAUAUCCAUUACUCAAUCAUUAUUACAUCUUGUCUAGCUGGUACAUUUCAACUAGUCUCAUCAUGACUGCCAAGGACUCCCAACAGGCUCACAAAGAAGUCAUCAUCAAACCCGCAACACUCGCCGAUGCCAAUCGCAUCGCAGAGCUAGGCGCACAUGUCUUCUCAAUAACAUUCGGGCACUCCGUCGAGCCUCAUGAACUCACCGCCUUCCUCGAAGAAUCAUACACAGAGCCAUCCAUCAUCAACGACUUAAACGACCCAAACAAAGAUGUAAUCAUCGCCACAAACUCCAACGAUGACUUUCUCGGCUUCGCAUAUCUCACCCGCGGGAGCAGUGAACCUUGCGUAGAAAACAUGGAAAAGACCGUUGAACUACAGCGGAUUUACGUACAUCCUGACUCUCACGGCGCUGGUGUUGGGAAGGCGUUAGAGAAGGCUAUUGAGAGUAUGGCGAAACAGCAGGGGUUUAAGAAUUUGUGGCUUGGUGUUUGGGAGGAGAAUCCGAGGGCGAUAAGAGCGUAUGAGAAAUGGGGAUAUAAACAGGUUGGGGAUCAUGAUUUUACUAUUGGGUCUAUUGUUCAGACUGACCAUAUUAUGGUCAAGAGUUUGUAGAUACAAAAUGCUACUGUGAUGAACGAUGAAUCGUGGGUUGGUGAAUUUGGCAUUAGAUGGUGGACUUGCAAUAUGGCAAUGAGAUAGACAGGCGAGAUUACAGAUCAAAUAGCUUCUUUCCGAUUUUUACC